AUGGGUCCCCGCGACGAUGGCGGGGAUUCGCAGAGCACAGGCGGCGGCGGCGGCGCAACGCUGUGGGGGAAGCUGGAGGAGACAUGCAGGUAUUACACGGGCCUUCCCAAGCCUCGCGUGGAGGCUCGGGUGGUGGAGUUCCGAUCCGAGAGGCAGUUCGUGUCGCUGCUACAGCAGGGGAAGCCAGUCGCCGUCGCCUUCACCUUCUCCUGUGCACACACGAGGCAUUUCGACGAGAUGUUUCAACAAGCAUCAGCCGACCUCCACCCGCAUGUCAACUUCAUCCGAGUGGAUUGCCCCAAGCACCUUGGCUUCUGCAUCGCUCGUCAGCGCAAGGACUACCCCUUUAUAGAGGUCUUCUAUAACUCGAAAGAGGCGCAGCGGGACACGACCCCCUCAGCGGGAGGAGGUGGAGGAGCAGCGGGAGUGGUUCGCUACAGUGUCAUGGUUCUGCCUUACAACUAUGAUAUGGACAUUCAAGAAGCGUCCAAGAUCCUCUAUUCCCGACUGCAGUCGCUCGAAGGAGGCAACGCGUCGAAGCUACUCGGGUGGAUGCUCAUGCGCGAGAAUGCCGACCAGGACUUAGCGGCGCUCGCGAAAGGCUCCGACGCGCAGCUGAUGUCUGCCAUUGGGAUCGCGAAGCGGAACCUUAGCGUGUACUCGUCCAUACCGGGAUGGCAACACCAGGGGGUUCUGGCGGAGAUCCGGCUUCAACAGGAAAGCGCGGCGUGCGUUGCGCGACAACGGACCGCCGCCGCUCAGUCCUUCGUCCACUCUCACCAGGCUUCCACAGACAGGUUUCCUCAUUCCGACCGUUUCUCUGCCUCGACGCAAGCGGCCCUCGCGUCGCUCUCCCCCGAUACGCCCCUCGCUGAACCAACCGACUCUGCCGGUGCCGGCGCCGGCGCUCCCGGCGAUGCGGCUGCUGCUCCGACGGCAGCGCGACCAAUCCCCACGGAUGCCCCAGCGAUUCCCCACCUGACCGCACUCCACGGCGCAAGUGGCGCUGCGAGCGACUACGGCUCGUCGCCCGAGAGUUCGCAGUCGUCGUUCAUGUUCAAGCGAUGCCACUAUUUCGCACGCGGCUUCUGCAAGCACGGCAGCGCGUGUCGCUUCUUGCACGCGUCGCACGGCCAGUCGGCGACGGCGCCCGUGUCGUCGCCGGGGUCGCCCAGUGCGACGAGCUCGGACGGCACAAUGGCGGCGGCGACUUACCCCGAGCCGCAAGGCGCGGAAGAGACUUCUGCUUUGAGCUGCACGGCCGCGAGCGGCGGCGGCGGCGACAGCGACGGCGGCGGCGUCGGUUCCCGGGGUGAUGAUAGCGGGAAUAACAGUAGCGGGGCCCGCGCUGACGUUGGAGAUUCGUUUCCUAGUAGCACCACCGCAACCGACGGCGGCGGCGGCGGCGGCGGCGGCGCUGACGGUGGUGGUGGUGGUGUGGCCAAGUCUGCUGCGGGCGGGCUUGCGGGCGGCAGCCCGGGUUCUGCGGCGGGUUUCACGCUGGAGCGGCUCGAGGCGGAGCUUCACGAGCUUCUUAGAGAGCACAAGGGGCCCAUCCACGUGGCAUCGCUCCCUCAGCUAUACGCGGAGCGGUUCGGGAAGCCGUUGCAAGCGGAGGGGUACUUAACUGAGAGCCAGCGGCAGGGGCGGCCCGGACUAAGCCUAACUAAGUUACUCGCGCAGAUGAAAUCGUCGAUCGCGUUCGUCGAUAGGCCGAGCGGGCAGCGCGCGAUCGUCCUUAAGGGGUCGCCGAUUCUGGAGGAGUCUAAGAAGUUUAUUUCGUUCAAGGAGCGAGCGGAUUUGGCGCCGCCCAGUCCGGGGUCGCGGCAGAUUUAUCUCACUUUUCCGGCCGAAAGCACGUUCACAGAGGAUGACGUGGCAGCUCAUUUCAGCAAGUUUGGCCCAGUGCACGAGGUGCGCGUGCCGCAUCAGCAGAAGCGCAUGUUCGGAUUCGUGACGUUCGCGUUCGCGCACAGCGUGAAAGCGAUUCUCGAGGAGGGUAAUCCGCACCACAUUGGCGGCUCGCGCGUGCUCGUCAAGCCGUACCGCGAGAAGUCGCGCCACGGCAGCGCCGCCGCCGCCGCGCACGGGCACGCGGACCGGAAGUCGCGCGCGGGGGCGGACCGCGGCGCACAGGUGUCGCCCGCGAAAGGCGCCGUGGAGUCUUAUUCAG